GAGCCAUAAGGGUAAAAUUUCCGCGGUUUCGUGAAAAUUCUACGAGUGGAAGCGAAAAUACGAUGCGUUAUCUAGCUCGCACGAGUUUCCGCGUUAGCUAGGAGAAGGAUGACCAAAAAGAAACCCUCACCACAAAAUCGAAUUUGGGAAAAGGAGCGCCGUGAACGGCUGAACAAAUCGUUCGAAGAUCUGCAACGCCUACUGCCGGAUCAUGAUCCCAACGCAACGCUCACCAAGAUCGAAAUUCUGCAGAAGGCGAUCGAGCUCAUUGGUAAACUUCAAAAGAAGAUUAAAGAUCUCAUCGACGAGUGCCAUGAUCCGCUGAAAGAGCAUGUACACGAGCAAGACAAUCGGUUGCAGAAGCUGUUGGCUAGAAAUGAUGAGUUGAUCGGGCUGCUGCGAAAAGCCAAAGUAACCAUCCCGCCUUGCAAGUAUACAAUCGAAGAGCAAAAUGAACGACAGCACCAGCAAACGGAAGAGAAAGAAAAUGGAAAAACCGAUGGAAAGAGACGGAAACCGGCCGGCUCCAAGAAACAAUCUGUGAUAAAGAAGAAACCGGCACCGACGAUAACCCCAUCGAGCGGUCCAGUAACGGAUGGGUUAGCUUUAAGCCAACUUAAUAAUGUCACUCCUCCAUCUUCCGGUGUAGUUAGUGACCCUAGCGUAGCGACGAGUGCUCCAUGCCCAGCGAUAGUCACUUCAGCCCUUCGAAACCUGAAUGGGCCCUCAGUGAUUACCGGAGGUGGAGUUUCAGUGUCCGUUACACCAGCACUCCAGCCCGCGCCUAUCAUGACGACAAGUGUACUGAUAACGAAUAACGGCAGAUUGCUUCAGAUGCCGCUGGUCACACCUCCGGCGUCACUGCUCAUCGUUGGUAAUGAGGAUGUGAGAGCCAAACUGAACCUCAGAAAACGAUCCCACAGUUCGGCGACCGGUGGUGUUAAAGGCAGGCCACCGAAAAUGGGCCGCUUCACAAUCAAAUCGAUCGAUGUUAUUCCGGGACGGAUUGUGAAUGGGAAAAUCCCAAUCGCGCCGCUUCCACGGCCAGUUAAGAGGCCCAUUGUCAAUGAACCAACGACUGCUGCACGAGUUGGAACUACGAAGCUGCAGAAGCGAUUGCGCCAUAACUCUACGAAAAAAACAAGAAAAGGAAAAACAAGAGUCAAAUCAGGAUCCGACCCGGCAGCUGGUGACAACAAAAAGGAGAAACUCGAACAAACGUCAUUAGUAAAUGCUUCUUCAGAUGUACUACAGUCGAACACACAAGUUAAGGCAUUAACCGAUCAAAACCCAAUAGCGACCGAUACAACCUCCGGAGGCGAUCAACAAAGGGGGUUGGAAGAUACAACGAAAGUUCCUCAGAGAGAGGCCGGCACAGCUAGCCACGCAGACCUUGCGCAUCAUCCAACGACGGAGCUUGGCCUUACUCACACUGACCUAGAGGAGGAUCUCUUUGCGAACCUUCAAGCGAUGCCCAGCGAUUCAGACACACACCGCGAUGCGAACGGCGAUGGUCCGCUCUCACCCACCGCCGCUUAUUUGAUGAACUUUCCGCUCGUCGCUGGAGGAGGCAAGGCUGCAGGGAAUCAUCUUACGGAACCUUGCGAUGAUGAAAAUGAUGAAUGCAGUCCGGGGGGACAGCCAACGAAUACGAGAACGGUUGAACAGGAAAACGCAAAGAAGAGCAGCGAUUCCUACAACGAUUCUACUGGAAAUGGUGUCAUGGCAGAUAACUAUGCUUCAUUUUUCAACUACAACCCAAUGGAUGUGGCUACCGGAGAAGCAGGUUCCGUACCUAUUACUACGAUCAGUUCAUCGAGCAACACCAAUCGAGAUUCCGGUGGUCUUACUACUAACUACGCGACGAAUUAUCAGUCGAUCGAUACGAUGUUGGAGCACCGGCCUGUACUGCCAAAUCUUGUAGGAACGACAAGUCAAUCGGAGACAGUACCGCCCGAUACUAGCAGCACAAGCAGUAGUGCUACUACAUUCACAUUUACUCUAACAUCAACCACCACCAGCACACCGGUAACUACGCAACCACAUUCCACGGCCGCCAACCAUUUCUAUACUCCAUCCAAGGCGUCAGUUGUGGCCGACGGCUCGACGAAUUGCCCAGUGAACCGGAAACCACCGCCGGUUACUCCUAUCGAAUUUACUUUUUCGCUUACUACAACCACUGCAGCGCCACCAAGAACCGUCCAGUCACAGUAUACCAACAGCACCAUACUAGCGACGACAAUGACUACACCAUCCUAUGAUACGUAUGGUUACUACCACAAAACGCCUACUAAAUCAAGCAGCUAUAGCAGUACCUUCAAUGCUAUACUAGAUCCGUUGCUAACCAACUGUGGCAACACAAAUGGUGACAACAUCAGCACCGAAAAACCGGCAACUAGUUUUACUUUCUGCCUCACAUCGACCACCAAAACUCAACCAUCGUACACACAGUCGGCUUCGUCCAUAGCAACUGCUCAGCCUACUCAGAUAUUCUCGGAAUCUAAUGUACCCAAAGUAUCCGUUCGACAGCAGCAGAGUGUAGGAGGAGCAUUGUCGAGUCAUAAGAUGAAAGAUGGUACCUCAGUACGAUCGACCAAUGACAAUUAUGAGAGCGAUUUCCAUCUUCAGCAAACGCAACAACAUCAAUCGAAAUACGAUGUUUCGUGGAUGGCAGAAGGACGCCAGGAAUACAAGAGUAGUGAUCACGUGUCGAUCGUGACACAAAGUCACACCACUUCAUAUAAUCAAUACAAUCAUCUUCAACAACAUCAGCCGCAGUCUCAGCAAAAUCAGCAACAGCAACAAUAUUCACAGCAAAGCCAGCAACAAAUUGGAUACGAAUAUACCUCGCAGCUUAUUAACUCAUCGAUCGAUUACGCGAUCCCCUCUGCUACAGGAUAUGGAGCAAACUUCGAACUUAAUCACCCUCACAACCAGAAUCCCAACAGAAAGUCCGAUAUCUUCUUUGCACAUCCGGUGGGUGACGAGGGCGUUGCUACCGGGCUAGCUGGUACGUGGUCUUCACCGAGCAAAUUGCACGACAAUUCGUAUUUUGUACCACCCGUUACGCUGCCUGUCGUAAGUAAUGGUGGUAUAGAGUUGAACACAUCCUCUGCUAGCUGUAAGCAGGCUUCCAGCAGCGUUAGGAAGGCUCAACAAGCUUCAGCGCAACAAGAGUCGACCGGUAGUAUUUCUGGAACUGGAAGUAGCUUUCUUUCUGUUAGUCAACUUGUUGAUCAGUCGAACAAAGUUUAUUCUAACAAUAACGCAAGCGUCCAAGGCAACCUGCCAUCAUCUGUCUCGGGUACGUCGUGCCAGCAGCAUAAGCCCCCCAACAAUAGCUACUCCGCCGAGGCAUUGAUUGGCAACACGACGUACAAUACGUCUAACAGUGCUUCAGAUUCAAGUGAAGCUGUGCACGGACGCAAAGAUAAGCUUUACGAUUAUGGAUGUUCCGGUAAUGCGCCGAUUGGCGAACUCAUUGCCAACCCAUCGAACGCGGCGACUAUUCCAUUUAAUUUCGACGGGUAUACAACACCGACAACCGAUUACAGCAAGAGCUACAACUUUUCCAAUCAGUUUUUGGAUGGUGGCAAUGGCUAUGGUAGCCUUACGACUGCAACUCCAUCCGGCACGGCUACUGGUAGUGGGCUUUACUAUGGAAAGACGACAGCUGCAUCCUCCCAAGGAUCCUACUUCCAUCCUGCUGCUGGGAAUAAUUUUAGCUCGACUGGAAGUAACUAUCACGCUAUACCGGCAGCUCCUACUGUAAAUGGUGAUGGUUUCCCAUCCUACUACUUGCCAUCGUUUACGGAGAAAGCUGUUUCAUCUAACCAUUCUACUUCUGGAAAACAUUAUACUGGAGUGGUGCCCAGCGAGCAACAGCAGCAUAAAAGUUCGGAAAGAAAGUCACAUAAAGGUAGUAACGUGCGCCCAGCAACGGACUAUGUGCGGAGCAUGGCCUCGAAUUCCACCACGUCUUCCAUACCAAACUCUGCUACCAGUAACAGUUACUCGCUGACAACUAGUUCACAAUUUCCAAACAACGGAACCAUUGUAGUUUCUUCCGCAAAGACACAACCCACGGAGUCCGUAUCCUAUCCAAACUAUCAUCAACAUCAGCAGCAUCAACAGCAACAAAUUUCACAACACGAGCAACAACGAACAUAUAGGAGCAUUCCAGCGGAUAUCGUUCACUCGACCCAAAAGCCAUCGCAUCAAGGGAUCGAACCUACCGCUUCGUAUAGCUACAAUCAGUAUUCCACCUCGUCAACGCACAGCUACGAACCGUCUAAAGUGCCAAGUAAACGCCAGUCCAGUGUUCUGCCACCAGACGAGGGUUUUAAUGGAAUUGAUUCAACAUCCUAUAUCGCCAACCAGUCACAUCACUUAGACGUUGCGUCUUGUUUUAAUACUUCUUCUUCUGUGCCUUCGUCGGGUGGCGCUAUUGGAUACGGUGCUACUAGCGCACCCCAGAUGCCUCUUUACGGCAGCCAAGUGCAUCAUCAUCAACACCCUCAUCAUCACCAUCACCACCAUCAGAGCGGUAGUUCAUCGUUGGUUCAAUCUUCCUCCGGAGGUACAAUCACAAACUUUAACCUCAGUACGAUAUGUCCCGAGAUCAACGAUAAAACGGGACGAACUGCCGUGGAUCGGGGUGAUGCGGAGCCGUCGGUUGCCUCCAUCAUGACGCUCUGGUAGUGCGGCUCUUUUUAUCGGCUACUUGUGAGUUGAAAUUGAUUAUGUUUAUCGUCGACAAUUUGAUAACCGAUCAACCUCAUGAAGUGAUGUAAAUUAAAAGCAAUUAAAUUAUGAUUUAAAAUAUGAAGGAAACGCCAUUUGAAAGAAUGUAAUUCAUUAUUUCUUGUUGAACAUUUGAAAAUAUAAAUGUGUAAAUCUAAAAAGCUGUUGCAAUCCGAACCAUUGACGUCAUACAGCAGUGGAUUUGAGAAAAUUGGUGGACGAAAAAGCCUCAAGUCAAACUUGUAAGAAAAUAUUCUUCAGCAGUCAAGUUG